GCCAGGCCCAGCAGGAUGCCUCACUUUGCAAAACUGCUUCUGUUAAUCUUCUGCUUGGUGCUGCUUGUGGAAAGCAAGAAGCACAGAAGGAGGAGGUGGACAAGCCAGCCGGAGCUGCAGAAGGCUGGUCACAUCUACAAGAAGAACCACGAUGUGACCAAAACUCGGAAGGGAAAGACAGAGCAGCUUCUCAGAGUCGAUGACCAUGACUUCACCAUGCGGCCAGCUUUUGGAGGCCCUGCAAUUCCUGUUGGAGUGGAUGUGCAAGUUGAAAGUUUGGACAGUAUUUCUGAGGUUGACAUGGAUUUCACUAUGACUCUGUACUUGAGGCACUACUGGAAGGAUGAGCGUCUCUCAUUUCCCAGCACCACCAACAACAGCAUGACCUUUGAUGGCAGGCUGGUGAAGAAGAUCUGGGUUCCAGAUGUCUUUUUUGUGCACUCCAAAAGGUCCUUCAUUCAUGACACAACCACAGAUAACAUCAUGCUGCGAGUGUUCCCUGAUGGUCACGUCCUCUACAGCAUGAGGAUCACAGUGACAGCCAUGUGCAACAUGGACUUCAGCCACUUCCCCUUGGACUCUCAGACGUGUUUUCUGGAGCUGGAAAGCUAUGCUUACACUGAUGAAGAUCUGAUGCUGUAUUGGAAAAAUGGGAAUGAAUCUCUGAAAACGGAUGAGAAAAUUUCUUUGUCUCAGUUCUUGAUACAAAAAUUCCACACUACAUCAAGACUGGCUUUUUACAGUAGUACAGGUUGGUACAAUCGUCUCUACAUAAGCUUCACUUUACGCCGACACAUCUUCUUCUUCCUGCUCCAAACCUACUUCCCUGCCACUCUGAUGGUCAUGUUGUCCUGGGUGUCUUUCUGGAUCGAUCGCAGGGCAGUUCCUGCCAGAGUCUCUUUGGGGAUCACCACUGUGCUGACCAUGUCUACGAUCAUCACUGGGGUGAACGCCUCCAUGCCCCGCGUUUCCUACAUCAAAGCAGUGGACAUUUACCUGUGGGUCAGUUUUGUGUUUGUCUUCCUUUCGGUGCUGGAAUAUGCAGCAGUGAAUUACCUGACCACGGUGCAAGAGAGAAAGGAGAGGAAACUCCGGGAAAAGUUUCCUUGCACGUGUGGGAUACCUCAUUCAAAAACUAUGAUGCUGGAUGGAAACUACAGUGAAUCAGAUGCCAACAGCCUGGCAGGUUACACAAGAAGCCAGAUGGUCCCAGAAGAAGAAAAACAAGAAAAGAUGGUUGUGCACUUAACCAUGAGCAAUGCUUCUAAUUCAUCAAGGAAGAGAGGCCUGAAAGGCCAUGUGGGCUUGCGCAUCAUCCAGAACACUCAUGCAAUUGAUAAAUACUCCAGAUUAAUAUUUCCAGGCACUUACAUAUUUUUUAAUUUGAUAUACUGGUCUGUCUUUAGCUAAGCAUAUUGCACAGCAGUGAUCGAAGCAGAAGACAGUCACAAAGCUUUCUUUGUUAGUACUUCUUAAAGUCCAGUUUUGUUGCAAAUGCAGAAAACUGAUAAUUUUACUAGAAAACUGAUCAUUUUACUGAUACUUUGGAGGAUAAAGAGGAGGACACUUCCAACCAUGGGCAGCUCCAUGCACAGCAUCAUGGAGGAUCUUAUUCUACUUGUUGCUCUCUAACCCACACUCCAGCUCUCAUUGGCUUUGUGGUACAUGCUGUUUCUCAUACUUGAAAAUCUGUACUCUCUGCUUGCCCAAAAGGUGCUGUAUGUGUAUUUGGGGCUUGCAACAGUGAAAUGGACUACCAAGAGAUAGACCAUGCUGGGGGAUUAGACAUAUGCAACUUAGAAUCUCAUGGAAGGGUUGGAAUUAUAUUUCUUUCCACUGACUUCUGAACAAGACAUCCUUUUAGGGUCCACAUUGCCUUCUCUCUGGACAGGGCCUACAUUAAUACCAGAAGGAACAUUGGCUGACCAAAGUGCUGGUGGUAUGUUUGAGUGGGUGGUCUUUUUAUUUUGAGAUGUGAAGUAAGGAGCAGUGAUAAAGCAGGGCAAAGAAGCCCACAAACUCACAGAAGAUGUCUCCCAGGGUGCACAGGUAAUUCAAAUACUUGUGUGUGGCAUGCACAGUCACCGUAUGGGAAUGGGCAGCAUCUCUGGGACCCAUCACUUUCUCCAAAAGCAGAAAACUGUCAAGAGCAGUACUAGUAGUGUUCAGAGAUUUUUCUCAUCCCUGUGAGGAAAGUGCAGCUCACAGAGAAACUGUGUAUUCCAACGUGCUUCUCGAAACCAACACAUUGCCCUUUUGUUUAGAGUUUUCAGAUUUUUGAGGGGGAGAGAUGCCUGCCAGAAUAUCCUUCUGCAGAAAUAUAGGCAUGCCAGAAAUUGAAGCAGCCAGGAAUAAUACUGUGGGAUUCAAUGAAACCCUCUCUGGCCUCUGGCUCCAAGGUCACUGUAAGCCCUUUGAAACAGCUGGAGAGCAUUGUAACAAGCCUUGGUGCUUUUCAUUUUUCGCCCUGUUAUGUCAGCUGAAAAUGCUGAGAAUAAAACCCAAGUCUUCCUACAUGAUAGCAACUAGACAAUGUUGGCCAGGUUUGCACACCUUUUGUUUCUGAAAAACAUCAUGGCUUUCUGGCUGUGGAGGAGAGCAUACCCAUCAAAGUGUUUGCUGUUAAGCUGAAAUGCAGCAGAAUGGACAGAGACUGAAGCAUAAAGACCCAGGACUGAAGCUUAACACUGAUUCAGUGAUAAGAUUCAAUUAUGCAUGUAACUGGGGUUGGGACGUGAAAAUUCAGCUAAAUCACAUUAACAUAGGGGAAAAAAAAACAAAACAAAAAAACACUAGUAAAACUGUAACUAUUUACUGGUGUGAUUUUUGUUUGUUUGUUUUAACACAGCAGUAAAUCUUGCAUCUGAAAUCUCAAGGGACAUAGAAGUGGACUGGGAAUUGCAACCUCCAGACUAUCAGCAACACCCAGAAUUUUCUUUGUGCCUCAGAUAUUGCUGCCUAAGUCACACCAAUGGUCACACUUACUGGAAACAGGAGCUAUCAGGGAAACUGAAAUGAGGAACUACAUUUUCCUUUUCAUCAGCCACAGUAAUAACUGGAUUUAGUGAAGUUCUGUGCGGAUAUAGAAGCAGGAAAAUACAGCCCAGAAAUCACUGGAGAGAAGGGGAGCUAUGGGAAGGCAGCAUCUGAGAGGAAGGCUCAUCCUGCAUCCCAGUCUGACAUUUCAAUCCUGAGCCAUCGGGUUCAUGCAUUUACCACUCAUCAGCCUUGAAGCUGAAACCUGGAUAACUUUUGCAUUAACAGGUGAAGAUAACUACGUUGAAGAGAUAAAAAUCUCUAAAGAAAGAGCCCUCUCAACUUUUGAGAAAUUAAAGCCUGAAUGAAACAGGAUGGACCUCUUCAGUAUUAGCAGCUUUGAGCAUGAGACAGUGAACAGCAUGGUGCUGAUGCGAUCAAGUGGAGCUGGCAGAAACCUUUGCUGUGGGAUGAAUGCUGCAGGAGCCAGUAGGGCUGCACUGCUGGUGCUGCUAUCUUCCUACACAACCCAUGCACAUGGAUUCAGCCUCCUAGUGCCUCUGCUUCUCCAUCAGGAAAAUGGGGAGCAAUGACAUCUACCUACCUCAGGAGGUGAUGAGGGGUUUAACUGACUUAAGGAGGGCAUGUACAGAGAAGUUAUGAUUUUUGAACAGGACUACCUUACUGUUUUUGUUUAUGCUGGUGUAUACGACUGAUAGAGUAGUAUGU